UCAGUUUGUUGAAAAUAUAUCAAGAAGUGCGAAUAGAAAUUAAUUUAUUUUAAAGUGAAGAAAACAUAAAAUCGUACAAAAUGCCUCUAAUUCGUUCCGCCAGUUACAGUUUAUUUAUCGAGAUCCUUAUUCGAAUCGCUCUUCUGUCUGCUUUUUGUUACAUGGAAACAAUGACACCCUUCAUCCGAAUAAUACCUCCAUCAGAGAUGGAGAUGAACUGCAAGUAUCCGAGACAUGACUCCUAUGUGCCUGCUGGCAUGUUGUGGUCUAUUGUUCUGUCGGUUCCAUGUAUACUGUCACUAAUAGCUUGGGCUGCGUGUAAUGAUUGUAAUGAUGCUCUGGAGUUCCUCCUUGCAUGGUCUCUUUCUCUGGGAAUCACAGGGGUUCUAACAGACAUGGUUAAAUUGAUAGUUGGGCGGCCACGUCCAGACUUCUUUUACCGUUGCUACCCAGACGGUAUAGAAAUAGAUGACCAGCGUUGCACGGGUGACUUGGCUGAUAUCAUUGAAGGGCGGAAAUCAUUCCCGAGUGGACACAGCAGUAUAUCGUUCUGCUCGCUGGGUAUAGCCAGCGUGUGGAUCUGCGGUCGGCUGGGCGUGGUGUCCCGGCGGCGCGGCUCGGCGUUCCGCGUGCUGUGCGUGCUCGCGCCCGCCAUGCUCGCCGCCUGCAUCGCGCUGUCCCGCACGUGCGACUAUCACCAUCAUUGGCAAGAUGUCCUCGUGGGUUCCCUCCUGGGUCUAUCCGUCUCCGUGUUCUGUUACCGCCAGUACUACAACCCGCUGUCUUCCGAACUCGCCGGUGUCCCCUACGUAGUGUCAAACGUCACAGCCAAGCAUUUCAACGGGAAACCGGACAUAAGUCCCACCAAGGACCAGAAAUCCGAAGCCACUCCGCUACUGGGCAGAAAGGAAGAUAAGUGGAUUUAACCUAUUAGUGUUAUUUUUAAAUAUUUUCUAAA